UUUUUGACAAAGUAGAUCUAGUCCACGCCUUGCAUGCCCUUGAUAUCCAAUUCCAAAUGGCUUUCUCUCGAAGGAGCUUUAGCUCAAGGUUCUCGUGGUUUAUAGAAGGGAAGCUAGCUGGUAUGCCCUGGCCUGAAGGUGAUGCAGUACAAUUCUUAGCCGAUCAGGGAAUCAGGGUGUUGGUAAACCUAACAACAGAGCCCGCAUCCUACCAAAAAGUCGCAGAAUCCUUGGGGAUUCGAUGCAUUACAGAGGAUAUACCUGACUUUUGCCCACCAUCUAUGGAACAGAUUCAAAAGAUAAUGGAUUUAAUAGACAAGUCAGAAGGUCCUGUUGGUAUUCAUUGUGCGAUGGGUUGUGGUCGUACAGGGACUAUACUAGCAUGCUAUCUUGUUGCUAGUGAAGGAUAUACAGCUGACGAUGCUAUUGUGGAGACCAGGAAAAGACGUAAGGGAUCCAUAGAAACAAGACGACAAGAACAAGCAGUGAAAGAUUACGAGGAGAGUCUCAAAAAGGGGAGGCAGUAGAUGAUGAAUGGCAGUAGCUGACGACUCAUGGCUAUUUGAAAUUUUUAAUUGUGUAUUAUGAUAAUAGUUAGUCUAUUUAAUAUUAUGAUUUUACGCUUUAUU